AUGGCGGAAUACAUAGGAGAUGCCGACGAGCGAGAAAUCAUCAAGCCUCCAUUGCGGUCCAGUGUGUGGAAACACUUUGGAUUUUGCAAAGACGGCGAUGUUUUAAAUAAGUCGCUCGCUGUUUGUAGAAUAUGCAAAGGUCAAGUAAAGUACAACGGCAACACGACAAAUCUCUCUAGCCACCUACUAAGGCGCCAUGGGAUUUCACACAACACCGACCGUCCAGGCACCUCUUGCAGCGUUCCCGCUACUGCAGCCGCAGCGCAAGGUAAAGUCAACUCUGCAGAAGCCUCAGGCCUCGCCUGCAUGUUUAGUCAGAGACUAGGCCAAAACUCAGCUCGGGCGAAAAACAUCACGGCAACAAUUGCCAAGUUUAUCUGCAAAGAUUUGCGACCGUACAGUGUGGUUGAAAAUCCGGGGUUCCGUGAAAUGAUUCUAACAUUGGAGCCAAGGUACACGAUACCAAGCCGACCACACUUCUCAGAAAAAGUUAUUCCUGCAUUGUACGAAAGUACUAAGAAUGACGUGAAGCUGUCGCUUUCUCAAGCUGAACGAGUAGCCAUAACGACGGAUGGCUGGACGUCAUGCUCAAAUCAAGGGUAUGUGACAAUUACCUCUCAUCACAUUGAUCCGGAGUGGAAAAUGAAGACCUUUGUUCUGCAAACCAGAGUUUUAAAUGAAGCCCAUACUGGUAAAAAUAUUGGCGCGUUACUGCGUGAAGCCUGCAUGGAGUGGGAAAUCUCAGACAAGAAUCCUGCCAUCGUCACAGAUAAUGCCAGGAACAUGAUUGUGGCCGGUGCAGAAGCCCAGUUCAGUCCACACAUUACCUGCUUCGCACAUACACUCAACCUCACCUCGCAGAAGGGUUUGGAGGUGGAGCGUGUUUCCAGGUUGUUGGGGAAGGUGCGAAAAAUUGUUGGAUAUUUUCACCGCAGCACGAUUGCAUGUCACGCCCUACAGGAAAAACAAACUCUGAUGGAUUUACCAAAACAUAAACUGAUCCAAGACAUAAUCACCAGAUGGAACAGUUCCUUCGAAAUGCUUGAACGUUUUUUGGAACAACAGCAAGCUAUAAUGGCAACUCUGAUGUCCAAGGAUCUACGAAAAAAGGGGGUCACAGAUGUAGGCACGCUGAGUGAGAGUGAUAUUGCCAACAUGGAAGACAUUGUUCAGUUGAUGGGUCCUGUCAAAAUGGCAACUACUGUUAUGUGUGAAGAAGACCAGCCAACUCUCUCUGUAAUUGCUCCACUUCAAGCAAAACUGCUGAAACACCUUCAGCCAUGUGAAGACGACUCAACCCUGGUUGCAGAGAUCAAGAGGGUGAUGGCCAAUGACCUCUCCACACGCUACAGUGGCACCCAAGAUGCUCUCAACAUGGGUAAUUAA